AUGACGAUAGGCGGGACUGGCACGGAGCUGCUCGUUGUGGGGGCGAUCCUCGUGGUUCUCAACACCAUUUUCGUCGGCCUCCGCAUCUACACUCGGAUAUUCAUCACCAAAUCCCUUCGAGCCAAUGAUGUGUUGCUUUUGACUGCACUGGCCGCAUUUGGAGCUCUCUACGCUCUCAUUGUCGUUGGAGUCCAGGGUGGCAUUGGCGGACCUCUUCUCCAGGCAACGAUUCCUGGCAUCUCCACCUCCCUCAAAGUGCUCUUCUUCCUGGAGAUCAUCUAUGUCGUCCUCACCUCUGCCAUGAAGGGAAGCAUCGCCCUCACGUUCAUCCACAUAUCGCGUUCGAGGGCCCUGACGUCCCUAUUUUGGGUUUCCAUUGGCUUGGACGUAAUGAUCAGUUUGGCCUUCAUCAUUUAUUUGCUCGUCCAAUGCAAACCGAUCGAUUAUGCUUGGAGACUACUGGACGCAACGGCAAAAGGAAAGUGUCUACCGCUCACUGGACAGUUGUAUAUGGGAUAUGCAUUGUCCGUUGUGACGGCGAUUCUGGACAUCCUGUUGCUAGUUUCGCCGUGGCUCAUGAUGAGAGGCCGUGGAUUGAACUCAAGGCUCAAGUUGUACAUCUAUGGUAUCUUCGGGCUGGGCAUACUGGCCACGAUCGCCAACAUCAUCCGAGUGGUUGCACUCAUCAAACUCAAAGGCUCCAGCGACCAGCUCCUCGACGCCGCUCCUGUGUUCACUUGGUCUGCCGUCGAAGUCAGCAUUGGAAUUAUCAUCGCAGGCUUGAUUGAACUCGGCCCGCUUGCCGCAAAGUACAACGUCAAGGGCUUUGAAUCAUACGCUGUCGAUGACGAUAAGUACCCGCUCACGAAGCCUAUUGACGAGUCAACCAUCCCAGAGUACGAAAUGGACAAUGUAAAGUUGUAA